ACUAGGAUGAGUGGCAUCCUGACCUCACAGACGGAGCCAUACGACCUGUCCUCCUCGCGCUCCUUCCAGAGCCUGUCCCACCUACCGCCCACCUACGAGGCCGCCGUCAAGGCCGACCUCAACAGAUACUCCUCCCUCAAGAGACUGACGGAUAAAGACGUCGACGACUACUACACCCGCAAGCGUCACCUCCCUGACCUGGCAGCCAGAAGCACCCUGCCCUUACACGUCAUCAAAAUGAACCAGGAACAGCAGCAGCAGCAGCUCCAGAGCCAGCCCCCCCAGCCCCAGGUGUCCCAGGCCCCACCCCAGCAGCCCCAGGCGCAGCAGGCCCCCAGGAGACAGAGGCCUCCUCGUGUCCAGAGGGCCAUGUCCCAGGACCGGGUCCUGUCCCCAAACAGAGAACCCCAGCCAGACUACCAGGGGAUAGGGAUGACUCGGCAAGGAGGACGUAUCCUGUCUGAUGAGCAGCUACUGUCUGCCGAGAGGCUGAGGUCCCAGGAACGCCUGAUGUCCCAGGACCGGCUGUACUCCAAGGACCGCAUGUACUCCAAGGACAGGCUGUUACAAUCUCAAGACCACAUGUACCCAAAAGACCGCCAUUUCUCCCAAGACCGCCUGUACUCCCAAGACCGCCUCUACUCCCAAGAUCGCCUGUACUCCCAGGAUCCUCUGAUCUCGCCGGACAAAAUGAUGAUGUCGCUGAAGCGCGCGUCCGGCGGUUUCCGGGGCAACAACGACAAGUCAAUGUCGCACGCCAUCUCGCACCCGGAUGUGUUCAUGCCCACGACACCGCUCAUGGACCACUACAAGAUGACCAAAAUGCACUCCCAUCCCAGCGCCCCGAGCAACGCAGGGGCGGCAGGAGGAGCAGGAGCUGCGGGGCACUCCAACACGCUAGUCAUGAACCACACGACUAAUAAGAGACAGCAGUUUGCCUCCAGAAGGACCCACACUGUGGAGCAGCUCCACUACAUCCCCCAGCAGCACUACCGCACAGGCAGCAAGACCGAAGUGACUGUUUAACGCUAGCUAGCAUGCUAACGGCUAGCUUGGGAGUGCGUCAGCAGAGAAUGCUAACAUCUCAUCGCUAGUUUAUAUAUACGCCUUUUAACAGACACUUUUAUCCAGUGACUUACUGUCUGCAUACAUUUUUAUGUAUGGGUGGCCCCAGCGGGAAUCAAACCAACGACCCUUUGUGUUGGGGGAGUAUGUGUGUGGGGGGGAUGGGAAAAGACUGCCGAGUAUAACAGGACGAUAAUUGUAUGAUUUUAAGUCAAACAAAAGGUACACUCACAUUUUUUUGCAUUUUCAGACUUCACCAGAUCGAAGAGCGGUAACUGUACUGUAAGAGACUAGAGUUCUUCAGUAGACACAAACCCCACUAAGACUGAGUCAGCUGUGGUAGUGUGCUGUGAAAUUGGCAAACUACUCUACUGUUAUUCCUGUUACGCCCUAAGCACCCUUGUCCACCACAAUCUGGGUGUGAUUCAUAUGAGGGGACAUGGGCUAUUUGAGAAUAGAGAGGCUCAGGCAGCCAACACAUCUCUUAUUCUAGAAACUUCUACUGCAUUGGUAAAACGCCAGGACUGAUCCGAUCAAUGUCUCCACAACUUCUGUUGUUGAGAGACACAACACAACCACAGGUGAUGGAACCAGGAUGACCCUGUAAUAACCAGGAUGACCCUGUAAUAACUUUAUAAAUAUAUAAAUAUAAAAACGACCGUUUGUAACUCAAGUCUUACUCAUAGCUAUCAAUCAAAACCGAUGUUAGACAAGUGUUCCAUUUCUAAAAAUGAAGAAGUGGUUUUAAAAAGUGGUUUUAAAAAGCACAAUCAAUUAAUGAGAUUUUGUGUUUCUGUUCAGUUGUUUCAUAAGUUUGGUCGCUGAUGGCUAGUUCGUAGAUGAUUGUAAAUAAGCUAUAAUUCUAGAGGCAGUAAUAUGGACCAGUCUGUACCAGUUGGCUUUUGUAUUAGGCUGUCUAAUGUUUUCAGUAGAUUCUGAACAAGUUGUAAACCACCACUGUUUCGUGAUAAGUUCAGACUAGAAAACCCACUUAACCAAGCAUUUGACAGGAUACAUGAAUACUAUAACUAUGUUUGUAGAUUGAGAAUGAAUGAGAAUGAAUGAGAAUGAAUGAGAAUGAAUGUGAAUGAAUGAGAAUGAAUGAGAAUGAAUGUGAAUGAAUGAGAAUGAAUGUGAAUGAAUGAGAAUGAAUGUGAAUGAAUGAGAAUGAAUGAGAAUGAAUGUGAAUGAAUGAGAAUGAAUGUGAAUGAAUGAGAAUGAAUGUGAAUGAAUGAGAAUGAAUGUGAAUGAAUGUGUUGUUCAUUAAAGAAAUAUACCACUGUUCCUAUUUGGAUGUAGAAUGUGUUCCAUUGACUUCUAUGAUAAGCUUGACAACAUGGUGACUGAUUAUAAUUGUUGUUGCAGUAGGGUCAAAAUAAACCAUCCAUAUUUAAAAAAAACAGGCAACACUAUUCUGGAACAACUAUAUUUGUGCUCUGGUGGUUGAUGUGUAUGAAAAAUGAUAUACUGUAUGUUAUUAUAUAGUUAAAUGGUACAGCUGACAUACGACUCAUCCAUACCUGCAUGAGUUUGAAAGGGCUGUGAGUGAGAGCUGAAGGUGGGCUUUUUGGACACUUUAUAAGGAAGGCAAGAAAGCUUCCUUGCCUGUACAUGUUCAAUCAAGUGAUAUUUUAUAUAUUAAAGGGAACGCAAAUUAUAGGUAGGAUAAAGUUUUUUUCUCACGACAACAUCUUGUUUUUCUCAGCAGGGGUCAUCAUCUAUCCCUAUCAUACAGUAUGUCACCCUGACAGGCAGCUUUACAUGACAGCCUUAACCGCGAUAAGAAAUAUGCCACAGACGCAGGGAACCGGAGUACUUUACCACUGGCAUCUGAAUGAAUAUCUCUGACUUUAAUGCUAUUUCAGACCUAUUUCAGACCUAUUUCAGACCUUCUUGAAAUGCAUUGAACUCCUGUGGAUGCGAAGGCCAAUUCUCACACCAAACAAAGCUGCCCCCACAAAUACAAAAUAUUUUCAAUUUGCACCCGAUCCUCUAACCCAGGGAUGUCAAACUCAUUCCAUGGAGGGCCUAGCAUCUGCAGGAUUGUGUUUUUUCUUUUCAUUUAAGCCCACAGCAACCAGGUGUGGGGAGUUCCUUACUAAUUAGUGACCUUAAUUCAUCAAUCAAGUACAAGGGAGGAGUGAAAACCCUCAGACACUCGGCCCUCAGUGGAAUGAGUUUGACACGCCUUAACCCAUCAGCCCAUCCAAUCAAAGGGAAUCUAUGGAUGGGAGAGUCAGCUGGAAAAGGUAGACCUAAGAAGGCCAGGCGAGCGGGUACAGAGACCGAAGGUAUCUCCACUGUGAGAAAGGGGAAUCAGGCCAACUACAAGGCUUUCCUUAAAAUAAUCGAGAGCUUUCAAACUGUCUCCGCAUGUGAAAACGUUCCACAAUACAAUACUUCUCAUUCUUUCACUCCAGUUUUAAUGCUGACAAGGUUGAGAGCAGACAGAGGACUUUUAUGUUCUUGAAAUAUUUAGUUUAAGCUGUCGUUGCUUUUAUAUUUGUCCAUGUUCCUUUGUCGUUCCUGUUCUGUCCUCAGAGAGAAUUAUUGUCAUGUUUGAAGGGCAAAGAAGGAGACCAGUUUGGGCUGCAAUCCACUGAAACGCUCACAUGUCCUACAACAAACUGACACCUUCCUCUCCUCAACCCAGGCACACAGUAAAUAUGAUAACCAAUGAAGGAUAUGAGUGAGAAACAUAUAGAUCUCCAUAUUUCACGUAUUCCAAGUAAAAAUAUUUGUUGAGUUUUGACCAUGUAAUUCUAUUAGUUUAAUAAUGAAGUCCUUUAAAUGUUCCCGCUCUGCUUCACACACCUCCAUGAAGACCCGCAGGCCUAUGCCAAUCUAUGUUGUGGAUAUCUGUGCAAUGCUGCUUUCAGAAGGAUCUUUGCUGCAGUUUUUUUUUUUUUUUACCUCUAAUCCAUCUGCAAACUAGUCAAUAAAGGUUGAGCUGACGGGAUGUCCACUCCCAGAGAGGGACUGACAUCUACUUUGGCUCUGAUCUGACAUAUUGUAUUGGCAUCUUAGUGGGGAUCUUAGCUAAAACUCAAUACACAGCGAUACGAUGAUGAUAGCAAGAUUUAAAAUGUUUAUUCUCUACAAUAAACAGGCAUGAAGUGUCCAUGUGAACAGGCCAAAUAUUCAAGUCCAUAUUCAUUGAGGAAAAAAUAGGAACUGCCAUCAACUGAAAAAUACCUGGGGAAUAAACAUGGAAUGUUAUUUUUAAUAGAUCGCUUCUACGAUGAAAAUGUUGCUUUUAAAUCCUUCAUUCCAACCGUAUCUGCCUCAAAAACAAGGUUCCAGACUCAAUAUCUCGCACUCUUGAUAAUCCUCCAAUUGGAGAGACAGCUAACAGACGUUUGUUUUAUGACAGACGCCAGAUCCAGAUGCACAUUUAAUUAGUAGCUCAUCAACUCUGUCAGAGUUAAUUACCCGAGGUCUGAGCCCAGC